CAGUGAGCUCCGGGGCUCCGCUACGGCUCCGGUGCGGCUCCGGCGGAGAGGACGCGGCUAGGCGGAAGACAGAGCGAUCACUCCGCUGGACAAUAAAAUUCCCAUCAGCCCCGUUGUCAUGGCGUCGUCUCCUCGCGUGGGCGUGUUCAGAGACUCCAUGCAGAUCAACCCUCGCAUCAUCAAGGCUCCUUUAGGAAAGUCCACGUGUCGAGGUUUCUCCAUCCCAGGACCAAACUUCACCUUCGGAGUCACGAGCAGCGAAGACCAGGGAGGAGUGGCCCAGGUGUUGUCCGGCUGGAGGGCGGCGUCUCGUCGGGGACACUCCGCCUCCGCCCUGCCCCCGGUCGACUUUGUGGCUCUGAACCGAAACGCUGUCAGGUCCGGACUCAUCACGGCCAAAGAGCUGAGCCAGUACCGGGCCCAGAGACCGCCCCGGGUCCAGAGACCGCCCCGGGUCCAGCCAAUCACGGCGCAGCACCACAGGAGCCAGCCAAUCCCGGGCCAGGGGAGGCGGGGCUCGGUGCCGGACAUCACCUUUGGCGUCACGAGCAGAUCGGACUCGCCCGUGCACCUGCUGCUCGCCCACGACUACGGCCAACGCUGGAUCAGAGAACAACUGAAGAGGAACGAGACCGAGAACCACAGACUGAGCGCCGCACGGGUCAAGCGCAGUUCCAUCGCUGACACCAGGACCAGUCUGCUGCGCAAGACCCAGAACCUCCCUCAGACCCAGACCCAGACCCAGACCCAGACCGUACCCAGCCUAUACAGCAAGGUGGGAGCGGCUCUGGAGACCUUCAGAGACCCAGAGUCCAGGACCCGAGCCCUGAAGGCCCAGGAGAGAGAAGCCCCGUCCAGGAGAGGACAGGGCCACGGGGUCUACAACCUGGACUAA